CAAAUAUGGAAGAACGUUGGAGUGAGUAUUUGGCUGACAACAAACUUUAAAUCAUAUCUUUAUCGCUUAUUAUCAUGGCCGAAGAGAUUGACUUCAAUAAAAUACCAUUGGAGGAUCGAGUACAACAUAAGGUUUGGAAAGCAAGAGUAAAUGGUUAUGAAGAAUGUGUGAAGCAUUUCAAAGCUAUUGAUAACGAAAACAGCAACGAGUACACAAAGUUUGUAAGCCUUUUGAAGAAAUUUGUCAUAGACAGUAAUGCAGUUGCCCAGGAAAAAGGGCUUGAUGCAGUCUUGGCUUUCAUCGAUUAUGCAUCACCAUCAAUUUCUGGCAGGGCUGCAGCUGAUGUGGUUGCUGGUGUUGUGACGAAAUGCAUGAAUGCUCGACCAAAAACCAAACAGAGAGGUCUUGAUAUUUGCAUGAUGUAUCUCGAAAUUGAAAAACAAGAGGCUGUUCAGGAGGAAAUCCUCAAAGGUCUGGAUAAUAAACAGCCGAAGAUUGUCGCCGGUUGCGUCACCUUUUUAAGAAAUGCUAUAAGCGAAUUUGGUAGCAAAAUCUUUCCUUUAAAACCUGUUGUAAAAGUGCUGCCAAAAUUAUUUGAUCACAGUGAUAAGAAUGUUCGACAAGAGACUAAACUUCUCGCCAUUGAGAUUUAUAAAUGGAUCAAAGACGCCGUGAAGGCACAACUCACUAACAUUAAACCAGUUCAGAUGAAGGAGCUCGAAGGAGAGUGGUCAAAACUGGAUCCCGCUCCUCCUAAACCAACUCGAUUAACCCGAUCACAGCAAGAAAAACAGGCACAAGCACCGCAGGUGGAAGAAAGCAGUCAGGGCGGAGGAGAAGCACCCGAUGAAGAAGAGUCCGAGGUUGUUAACGUCGAUCCUUAUGAUUUGCUCGAUCCUGUCGACAUUUUAUCAAAAAUGCCGAAAGACUUUUACGAAAAUAUGGCUGCGACAAAAUGGUCAACGAGGAAAGAAGCUUUGGAACAACUGGAUAAGUUGACUUCUAAUCCCAAGAUUGAAGGUGGACAAUAUGGAGAACUAAUGGCCGUACUUAAAAAGGCUAUUACCAAAGAUAGCAACGUGGUAGUCGUAUCUUUGGCUGCUAAAUGCGUCAAUGGUUUGGCAACGGGACUGCGAACAAAGUUCUCUCCUUAUGCAACGUCUAUUGCCGCCAUUUUGGAGAAAUUCAAGGAAAAGAAACAGAAUGUUGUGACGGCGCUAAGGGACGCCAUCGAUGCAGUGUAUUUAACGACAAAUAUUGCUGCCAUCCAAGAGGAGGUCAUAGCAUCUAUAUCCAGUAAAAAUCCAUCGGUCAGAGAGGAGACGAUCAAAUUUCUUACUCGUGUUGCGUGCAAGAGUAAACCUGCCGAUCUUCCACGACAAGUUUUGAAGCCCAUUUGUGCAAGUUUAUCAAAGAGUAUGGAUGAUACAUCAGGUCCAGUUCGAGAUGCUGCUGCAGAAACCUUGGGGACAUUGUUGAAGUUGUUUGGUGAGAGAACGUUGGGACCUUUUAUUGAUCAACUGGACAAGAUUAAACUUGACAAGGUGAAAGAAUUUUCGAAAGCUGAGAUCACCGCCGUACCAAAUCGUGGAGUUGGUGGAAGCAACGCAAGUCAGAGUGGGAAGUCGUCUUCAGCACCUUCUACAAAGAAACCUCCUGCGUCUAAGUCGAGUGCUUCAAAGUCAGCUGCUUCGAAAAGCUCCGAAACGUCAUCAUCAAAACCCGCUGCGUCCUCUGAACCAAGUAAGAAGCCCAGCUCAACAAGGCCAGCAAAAACCGAUGCAGCUAAAACUAAGCCUUCUGGCAAGAAGGGGACUGGUACAAAGAAGCCUUCAAAAACUGACUCAGCGCAAUCUUUCAAGGACGACGAAGUGAUGAAAGAAGCAGAAAUGACGCCAGAAGAAGUUGAUGCUAAAGCCGAAGAGCUGAUUUCGUCCAAUAUACGUGAGCAAUUGGUCUCUACCAAUUGGAAAGAGCGUCUUGCUGGGACAGAAGCUUUAACGCAGUUCGUCAAAGAAAUGGAUCCAAAGACUUUACCAUCCCAAGUGUUGAUUCGAACUAUGGCAAAGAAACCUGGCUGGAAAGAAAGUAAUUUUCAGGUUUUGAAAAACAAGUUCAACUUAUGUGCUAUUAUUGCCACACAAGCGACAUCUUUUUCGAAGAGGAGUGCAUUUUACGCAAUAUCUGGCCUUGUCGACAAAAUUGGCGAUAUAAAGUUAAAAGAACAAUGUAAAGAAACUCUGAUGGUUUUUGCUGAAAACCUUUCAUUAAACUAUGUUAGUUUAAAGGUCUCCGCUUGUGCCAGCGAACAAAAGAAUCCGAAGGUGUUAGCGGAAAGUCUUAAUUGGUUGGGUGAUGGAAUUAAAGCGUUUGGUAUGAAAAUUGACGUAAAACCUCACGUGACUUACAUCAAACAAAGUCUCGGUCAUACGAAUCCGGCCGUACGGUCCGCUGCGAUAUCAACACUGGGCGUUAUGUUUAUGUACACUGGACCCAGUCUGCGCAUGUUCUUCGAGAGCGAGAAGGCGACAUUGCUGCAACAGAUUGACGCUGAGUUUGAAAAGGUAAAAGAUGAGAAACCUCCAGCUCCAACGCGAGGUGCUGCUGCUAAAACAACUACCGCUGGACAGGACGACGAUGAGUCUGGAACGGCUAAUGAUGACGAUGACGCUGAAGCUCCCGUUGCAAACUUAGCUGAUCUUAUACCACGCACAGAUAUAAGUGCUCAGAUCAAACCCGAGAUGAUUAACGAAUUAAGUGACAAAAAAUGGCAGACGAGAGGAGAAGCUUUGCAACAGGUUUCCAACAUCUUGAAUGAAGCCAAAUUCAUCACUCCAAACAUUGGCGACCUGCCUGGAGCUUUGAAAUCUCGUUUGUCUGAUUCGAAUAAAAAUUUAGUUAUAACAACAUUAAAUAUCAUAUCAUCUCUCGUGAAAGCAAUGGGUCCAGGAUCUGUGAAACAUGUAAAAUCAUUAGUUCCUGCUGUUAUUUCGACACUUGGUGAUAGCAAGCCGCAAGUUCGUGCUGCCGCCAUUGCCUGCAUGAACUCGUGGUUUGAGGAAAUCGGAUUGGCUCCUCUUGUCGAAUCAGAAGUAAUCAGCGGAGCUCUUGCGACAGACAAUCCAAACAUGAGGGCAGAGAUGUUUGGUUGGCUCGAAGAGAAGUUACCUACGCAAAAGAAACUUCCAGCUGAAGUGAAUUUGAUCAUUCCUAUUUUGUACGCAUGCUUGGAAAGUCGCAAUGCUGACGUCAGAAAGAAAGCUCAAGGCGCAUUGCCGGCUUUCAUGAACAUCGUCGGUUGGGACACGAUGAUGAAACAAACUGGCAAGCUUAAGCCUGCGUCCAAAUCAACGGUCAUGGCAAUUUUGGAAAAAAAUCGUCCUCAAGUGACUUCAAAAGUUCAAAUAAUGCUGUUGCCGAUAAAUCUGCCACCCACAGCAAGCCAACGGAAAACCAAAAAGAAGGAAAAAGAACAACAAGAGAAAGCAGUUUCGGCAAGAAAGCCCGACGAAGGAGUUAAAAAAUCUAAAACGAGUACUUCAAAAACUGCAGUGGCGAAGUCUACUGGAAGUAAAUCAAAUGACUCUGAUGACGAUGGUCCCGUGUUGAUGGCGAAUCCAAAUGGACGGGAUAGCAGAAUAAAGGCCGAAAAAGAACUUAAAGUUCUCAAAUGGAAUUUUGCUGCGCCACAAAGUGAGCAUAUUGAGCAACUCAAAGAUCAAAUGAGCAAUUGUGUUGGCAAGGCGAUGUUGGAGAAUCUCUUUCACAAAGACUUCAAGUAUCACGUCAUCGCACUGACCGCAUUGCUUAAGGCAAUAACUCCUGUAUCGGAUCCACCGAUGAAGACAGAAACUCUUCAAAGUACAGAUUUAUUAUUGAAAUGGUGUUCGUUAAGAUUCUUCGAUACCAACACGACUGUUCUCAUUAAGUGUCUGGAGUAUCUUGAAGCUUUGUUUACAGUUUUGGCCAAUGAAGAAUUUAAAAUGAACGAGUAUGACGCUGCCAGCUUUUUGCCUUAUUUAAUUCAAAAGAUAGGUGAUCCAAAGGAUGCCGUACGGAAGAUGAUCCGUGGCCUGCUGAAAUGGGUGACAAAAAUCUACCCGGCCAGUAAAUUAUUUAACUUCCUGGCGGAUGGACUCAAGUCGAAGAACGCUAAAACACGCACGGAAUGUUUAGGAGAGAUUGCUUACUUAAUUAGCGUAUACGGUGAGAACGUGUGUCAGCCAAGUCCCGCGAAAGCGCUUCCCGCCAUUGCUGCACAGAUCGCUGACCGAGAUAACAGCGUAAGGAAUGCUGCACUCAAUGCCAUCGUCGAGGUUUACAAUCUAGUUGGUGAAACAGUCUAUAAAUAUAUUGGAAGGAUAUCUGAGAAAGAUCAAAGUUUGUUGGACGAGCGCAUUCGUCGAGCGGGUAAAUCCAAAACUGCUCUGACUGAACCGGCUAAAGCAACCAGUCAGUCAACAAAGAAAGCCAGUGAAACUGUCGCUACUGUUGAGAGACCAUCAAAACCAGCUAAUACAACUCAAAGCAAAUCGACUUCAGCAAAAGUUGAGCCUGCUGUCCAACAGUACUUUUCAUUGGAUUUCGAUCAAAUCGAGACGAGAUCAGGAAAAUCAAGCAAUGCGUUACCAUCCUUAGUGACCAAUGACGACGUAAACGAUUUGUUAAAUGAACCCGUACCUUCAUUGCCUAGAAUAACGAGUUCAUCGUCCAGUAGUCCAGGUCGUAAGAUGUUCUCACCCAGCAGCUCUUCGGCGGCCGUUGAUUAUUGCGUAUCUCAAAUCGCGAGCAACGAAAUCAAGUUGGCCAUUACGGCUUUGAAAGAAUUGGAUGAUCACUUCAAGGAUAAGGGGUCAGCGGUGUGGUUAAAACAUCUCAAUCAGUUCCUCAUUGCUUGUAUUCUUCAACAACGCAUGAUUCUAUCUACUCACCUGUUAUCGGAUUCUCAUCAAGAAGAAGACAUAAUAAACCUGUACAAAGCCAUUUUUAGCUCCUACUUCACGCUGUUCGCCGAUUCAACGCUUGCUCGGGCGAUACCGAAAGAGAUUCUGAAGGAUCUUAUUCACGUGAUGAUAACGACUUUGCUGGAUCAGAACUUAAUAAAGCUUUACGAAGGUCCCCAGGUCAUCCGAUGCGUGAAUAAACUGAUGCUUAACAUUACCGAGAAACCAAAUAGAAAUUAUAUACUGGGCUCCUUGAUCAAAUUGCUUCAAGACAGCGUUACGCAUUAUUCUAGCGCUCCGCAGUUCGUUGAUCUCAUAAUGAAGUGUCUAUGGCGUGUAACGCGAAAACUACCUGUUACUAUACAAGAUCUUGAUUUAAGUCAAGCUUUACUAGACAUUCAUCUAUUCGUUGAAGCACACCCUACUUCAACGUGGAAGCAUCGUCCUGACGAUACUCCAUUGAAAACUAUCAAAACCCUUCUGCAUUCUUUGGUUCGAAUAAAGGACAAGCAGAUUUUAGAUCAUAUAAAUUUGAUAGAGAAUUCGGAGCAAAGUGAGAUUGUCCUGUACAUACGUGCGACGUUAAAAUCCAGUCCACCCAAACAACAGGUCAAGAAACAGACGUCAGUACAAGAUGAAAAAUCGUCACGUGAACUCACGCCGCAAACGCCAAUAACUCCGAAGAUGAAAACACGCAAGCUUAGUCAGGAUAUACACGACUCUCUUGGUGAUAUUUUUAAGAAGAUUGGGACCAAGGAGACUACGAAAGAGGGUCUCGUGGCUCUUUACAAUUUUCGACUAAAGCAUAGAGAUGUGGACAUAGAGCCUUUUCUCGAGCAGACGUCGGAUUUCUUUCAAAAAUAUAUCGCUCGAGGUCUAAAAACUAUCGAAGACGAACGCAAGAUUGAUAACACAGAAAAUAUCGAAGUGCGACAAACCGCCGCAUCAACUACGGAAGACCCAUCCUACUUUCGUGAUCGGCUUGCUUUAUUGCAGAAAAAAUAUGGAGAUAUUCGCGCAAAGGAGCCAGAAAAAACACUACAGCCAGAUCCAAUUGCAGUGAAAAAAACACCCGAAAGCUUGGAAACUGUUGACAAUAACCUCAUUCUGACUUCAAUACCAAAACCACAAAGUGCUGAUAUGGAAGCAGGCAACGAGAGGUCUGGGGAGAGUUCGACGGAUCUUUCAGAACUACGAAAGCGACUCGAGAAAAUCAAGAAAAAAGCUUUAUAACUAAUAUCAGCUGUCUUACCUAUUAUUAAGUAAAUUGAUAUAAAUGACUUUGUUCAUUCAAAUUUUUUGUUUAUAUUUAAAUUAUAGUGCUUUAGUUAUGUUCAUUGUUCAGUUUGUAAUGAUAAAAUUAAAAUCAAUACCAAUGCA